AUGGCCUCUCCGAGGCUGGAGACCUUCUGCUGCCCCAACCGGGACGCGGCCUCGCAGCUGCUGCUCGCUUUCCAGCCGCAGGUCUUCUGCGGGGUUUGCCUGGGCAGCGCCUCGGCCGGCCUGGCGCUCAGCGCCCUGCAGCUGCUGCCCAAGAGGGGCCAAGGCGCCAGGAAGGUGCCCAAGGCGGCGGCGUCCUCGUCCUCCACCAUCCUGCUGCUCAUCUCCGCCUGCGACAUGCUGGGCGCUUUGGGUAAGGAGGCCACGCGCGGCUGGCCAGGGUCGCCCCCUGCUUGCUUUGCAAGGAGACCUCUUCACCGCGUGGUGGGGGGUUUUUUUUGGGGGGGGGGGGAAGGGCGACGGACGACUUUUUGGAGGGAUGGUUCAGAUUCCGUCUCCAUCCCCGUAUGGGACAGCUGCAUAUUCCUGCAUUGGACUAGAUGAUCAUCAGGUUCCUUCCCCGAUUACAUGACUUCUGUUCCCUUCAAAUCCUAUUUCAUAGAAUUGCGGACUUGGGUCGGGGGUCAUCUAGUCCCACCCCCUGCAGUUCAGGAAUCUUUUGCACGACGUGGGGCUCUCGAUCCUGAGAUAAAAGAGUCUUAUGCCAAACAGACUGAGCUAACUUAAAUCUCAGGGUUGUGGGUUUGAGCCCCAUGUUGAGCAAAAGUUUCCUGCGUUGCAGGGGGUUUGGACUAGAUUUCCUGCAUGGUCCCUUCCAACUAUAGCUCCCUGUUGAGACUACAUUCAGUGGCAAACCCAAAUAGACCUCUGCAUCAUGUGGUCAGCCUUCUGGCCACUUGCACAAGUGUCCAAGAAUGUAGGAUUCAUAUGAUAGUCUGUCUACUUUUAUUUUUCCAAAUGGACAAUUGAAAGGCAAGGGACUUUUUUGCCAGUAUAAAUUGCAGGUGAAGCAGUGGGGGCCGGGGGCAUGAUACCGAUCCAGCCUGCGCAAGUUAGCAAGAGGUUAAAUCCCCUCUACCAUCUCAUGCCAGGAUCUAAAACUAAAACCGCCUCUCCAUCACUGAGCUACAUAACUGACAUUAAUUUGUAGUUUAGUGGCCACCAAGUCUGUUUGUACAGAUGGAAUUUUAAAGCCCUACUCUCGGUUGUCCAUCCCUCCACCUCCAAGUAAAAAAAUAGUGUUUGUUCUGAUAUUAUACAAGAAUAUAUAACACCAGGGAGAAAAUUAAUGCAACUGAUAUUAACUUAUAGGAAAAAAAAUAGUGAGGUGUUAACAGUCAUUUAUUAAUUGCAUUGCAAUGUCUUAAUGGAAGAAAUAGUGCUGGAAUUUGAAAAAACACUUUACAUAUUUUUAGAUGUACACUAAGAUGGCUUUAAAUGUCAUCUAAAAAUGUGAACUAUAAAUGCAGCAAACUAGGAGUCAAACCAAUGAAUUCAAGCGACAAGAAAGGAGAUUGCAACUGAACAUCAGGAACUUUCUGGCAGUAAAAGCUGUUGGACAGUGAAACAGACUCCCAUGAGAGGUAGUAGACUUUCCUUCCUUGGAGGUUUUUAAGCAGAGGUUGGAUGGCCAUCUGUCAUGGAUGCUUUAGCUGAGAUUCCUCCAUUGCAGGGGGUUGGACUAGAUGACCCUUGGAGUUCCGUCCAAGUAUACAUUUCUGUGAUUCUAUGAAAUACACAUGAUGCUACAUUUUCAAAAAAAAAAAGCUUCCAAAGCAGCUAAGCAUGAAUGAAAAACAAUGAAACUGUAUAGGACAGGUUAGCUCAGUAGGAAGUUGUGAGAGGGUAUAGCUCCCUGUUGAGAUUACAUUCAGUGGCGAACCCCAGUUGACCUCUGCUUCAUGUACUGAGCCUUCUGGGCAAUUGCAAUAAUGUACCUGAUUUGUCCAAAAGGAAUGAACUGCACUGACAGAAUAGAAAGAGGUUAAUGGUUUAUUUCAGACAAUAACAUCAAAUUGUGGCUUGCUUUGCCAUUACAUCGAAAUUGGCAAGCUGUGGUUUGCACUUACCCACCAAAUCAGAAUUGAAAAUCCAUUGCAAAUAGUAGUUUCCCCAUUCUGAUUUCAGGUUCCAUAGUUUUCAAAUUCAGUUUUGCACUUUGUGUGAACCCAGUUGCUCUCUUAUAGAUUGACAGCACUCAGUGCAAAGAAACUUGCAUACAGGGUUGAUACAUUUUCACAUCAGGGAUAAGAAUGGUUGCGGGCGCCGGGGUGUUUUUCCGACAGCUUGGAGCGCUGAGCGGUGCAGCCCCUCAUUCCCUCUCUUAGGAUAGCAAGAAGGGAACCCUAGGAGAGGAGAGAUCUGCCAAAUGUCAGAGUGGGACCCCUUGAGGUCUUUAGCCCGCCCAGAACAUGUCUCUAUCCUGCAUCUUGGAAUUUCCUAAAUGCCGAAUCCCUUUUUAAAAGUCAGGAUCCUUUUUUGAAAAACCGCAACCAGAUUUGAGUUUGUGAUGGAGGAAGAGCUUAGGCCUCGACAUGAAAUAUCUGAUAAGUGCUUUCAAUUGGUGCUUUUUAACUUAAUAAAUGAUGAGAGUGGUUUAACUUUUAAAAAAGAAAGAAAAGAAACUUGCGUACUUAUACAUUGUCUAUAUACCAUUAUUGCCUUUUCUCUGCCCUACAAAUAAAAAAUCUCAAAAUGAUAAUUCAUUUGGAGCUGAAUCCUGCUUGAUGACUGGUUAUAAUUGCUAAGGCUACAAUCCUACCAAGGAGCAAAUACCAUUGAACUUGAUGAGACCUACUUCUGAGCAAAUGUUCUUAGGAUUGCUUUGUAUAUGUACUAGCAAAAAUGCAGAUGAAGAGACUAAUGACCAGUUCACACACGCUGUGCCCCUUUUUCCUAAUCCACCACCACCACCUGUAAUGUUUGGACUUGUAUUUGUAAAUACUGUGCAUCCUGUAUACUGUGUAUACUGUAAUGCAAAUGUUUGGCUACAGCGUACGUUCUGUAGAAAAUGACACUCUCCUCCUUUCUGCUCCCAUCUUCUUUAACACAUGAGUAGCGUGAUAAUAAUUCGAGAGCAGGCAGCAAGGCGGCUCUAGAUAAGAAAGCACAAAGGCAAAAAAGCUAGACCACAGCAACUUCAGCACCUCAGGCAUACCGUAGUAGGAUUUGGUUGAAACAGCUGAGCUUUUAAUCCCUGAAUUGUCUCAAUUCAUGAAUGAAAUCCAUAAGUCUGAUCACUGGUCACUCACAUGACGGCAGUUUGAAGACUGGGAAGGCGAGCAUGUGAUUCAAUAACUCUGGGAACUUCAUGCCCUUACCUUUGACUCCUAAGGAUGGAGCAUGCAGGAUCACAUAGCAUGACAGCGCCCAUUGCAACAAUCCCUUCACUUACCCUGUGAACUGGUAUAUUUAUUAUAUCACCAUGCAAAGCUGUUAUUAUAUCACCACACAAAAAGAAUGGAAGUCUCAGUCCUCCCUUAUAAUAAUAAUAAUUAUUAAGAAGAAGAGCCCUGCUGGAUCAAGCCAGUACCUUAUCUAGUCCAGCCUCCUGGGCUCAGUGGUCAACAUGAUGCCUGGGUUUGGGGAAACAUUUGCAUAAACAAGGUGAACAUAGAACUUGCUAGAGUCACAGCACAUUAACACGAAUUUUUCCUCCUCCUCCUUAGGUGUCAUCUUCAGAUCAACUGUCUGGUUGGGGUUCCCAGACUUCGUAGCAAACAUAUCUGUGGUGAAUGGGACGGAUGUUUGGCCUGCUGCCUUCUGUGUAGGAAGUGCGGUAGGUAAUAGAUGUGGCCACGGUCCACACAAACUGGUUUGUUUAUCACAUUUGCAUUCUGGCUUUCAUUUGUGGAGGUCAGGGCAGCAUGUGCUGGGCUUAUCGCAAAAUCCUGCAAGGUGAGUUAGGCCGAAAGCAAGCAACUAGCUCAAAAUCGGCCAGUGGGCGUCAUGGCUGAGUGGGAAUUCCCACACAGGGGUCUCUUAUCUAAUCCGACAGUCUGUGGAUCUGUGUCAUUAACUGUGUUAGGGAAGAGUGCUAGCAAGGCCUCAAGAGCCUAGAUGAAGUGUUUUUAAUGACAAAGAAGUGACUCUGAACUGGUUCCACGGAAGGCACUCCCAACUGCUGCAAGAACUUUUUAGUUUGUUGGCAAACUGGGAUCAGUUGCAGCGAACUUACAAAAUGGAAAGCCUCAAAAGUGAUACCUCUCACCUGAAGUUCUUGAGCAUUUCUCCAUACCUUUUCAAAAUGGUUGAGUCACCUGAGGGAGGAAAUCAAAUAUGUGAUCUGGGGUGGAUUUGUGCUUUGUGGUUGGAAGUUGAGAUACUGCACUUCCACCAUGACACACCCACUGUGGGAAACCUCCUAGAAAGGUUGGCCGAGCUGCCAGUGAAGAUACGCUAGUGGAAUGACUAAAAUGGUGUGGAAUUGUGGGAAGAAGGUAGGUGGUGCAGGGAAGGAGCACACUUAAUGCUGUUUGACUUGUGCUGCCACAAAGGCUCAAAUUUACACCAGCUCCAGAUGGACCUGGUGCAAUAAAUUUCCCUCUUCAAUGGGAGGGAAAGUUUUAAAAAUACCCCAUCGCAUCUUCUGCCCAACCCACAUUGCCAGUUUAGUUCUGAUGUGCUGUCAGUAUAGGGCAUAAAAAGCGGGGAACUGAUAAAAGAUAGUCUUCCUUCUCAUAAUAAAUUUUGAGAUUUCCCCCCCAAAAUAAUGGUUUUAAUAUUGUUGAAAAAGCAGUCCAUCAAUUGCAGUCCUGUGCACAUUUACCCAGGAGUAAGCCACCUUGAGCACAGUGAAUCAUCUAAAUAAACAUGCAUAGGAUUGUGUUGCAUAGUUUCUUCAACUAGUAAGCAGUCUUUGCUUUGAGUAACCAGCAUUUUUUAAAAAAGGUGAAAUAGAUCUUUUUGGAAUCAGGGCUGAGCAGGGGGAAACCUCUGAGUUUGCAAGAAGCAUGAUUUUUAACUGUGGCUUUUCUGCAGGUAAACUCAGCAAUUGCCACUGGGGAUAAUGACUAAUUAAGAGAGGAGACAAAUAACUGAAAGCUCAAUGGAGCCUAAACACCCAGAACUCCAGGAGCUGCAGAGAAAGUAAAGGUGGAAUAAUAAAGGUUGCUGGACCAAUUUAAAGGGGAAAGAAUGCAGCAGAAUUCCAGCUCUUGCAAGGAAGAAUGUUAGAACUUGUAAACACAGACAUGAAAGAUCACUUAUCUAAGGUCUAGUUGUGGGAAAAAAUGUGAAUUAUCUACAGAUAAAUGCCAUGGAAUUAGCUUGAUUGAAACCUGCACAUUCCAUGUUUCCAUUGGCCUUUCACGAGGAAUAUAUGCAGCAGGGUUUACAAUGCGGAUAAUCCUUUUCUCACAGCUUUUUUCUCCCCUUUUUGGUGCAGCAAGAAAUAGCCAUUUCUUAUCAAAGUGAUUCAUGUAAUAAUAUUUUAUUCCAUACAAAGUGUCGUACUUUAGAUAGGCGGGUUCCUCAUGCAUAUUCCUAGCUGGAUGAGAACCAAGCAUGGAAGUUGAUGCCUGCCUGUUCCAGUUGAUGCAUUUUUAUAUCAGGGCCACUCUUGUCUUUAAGCUAAGGCAAAGAUGGGGAACCUGUAGCCCUCUGGAUGUCAUUGGACUCCAAUACCCAUCAACCCUGGCCAGUAUUGCUAAUGGUCUGGGAUGAUGGGAGUUGUGGUUCUGGAAGAUCCGGAGGGCCACGGGUUCCCCAUCCCUGAUUGGAUGGGUUCCCCAUCCACCCAUUGGAUCGAUACCUUUCUCUGGGUGACCCACACUUUUGCUGUGAGAGUGAGAGCCCAGUACUCUGAAUUUGGCUGUGCAGAUAGACAGCAGCCAUUUCUGAAGUUGUGGCUAGUUUCUCCAUUGCAUGCAUUUAUGUGCUGAUUUCAUUUCUACCCCACACACAUUGGUUUGCUUUCCAUGUGACUGUGGCAGGUUGAUCACGAGCGGGCAGUAUAGCGGGAAUGGUGAGAACCAACCUCAGAAAGCCUUGCUUUACUUGCAGCAUUUGACAAGCCUUUUAUGUUAUCAGAUGUCCUUUCCUAGGGGAGGGAGAGUCUGAAGUCAAAUUACGUUUUACAUGUGUAACAUUUGUGGGAGGCAACUGAUCAAAUCGUACGCACAAGAACCGGGUCCAGGGCUAAUACUGGCACUCAAUGACUUGACGUCCACAUAUUUGGAUGUAACUUUUCAAGUUUAAGUGUCACAUUAAGUUGUCUGUUACUCUCUGCAGCUAUGAAAUACAAGACCCCUCUUCUUCUUUUUCUUUCCCCCCACAGAUGUGGAUCCAACUCUUGUACAGUGCUGGCUUUUGGUGGCUGUUUUGCUAUGCUGUAGAUUCCUACUUGGUUGUUAGAAGAUCGGCAGGGAUGAGGUAAUAACGUUAAAUAAAACCACACUUUAAAAAUAGGGCAAUAUUUUCAGCGUUACGUUUUUGUUCAUGCCUCAAUAUGCAUCCAGAUCUGAUCUGCCAUUGCUACUUUUUUUGGAUGAAAGCUUGCCUAACACUAGCCUGGGUUUACCUCAUGAGUCAUGACUACUUUUGAAUAUUCUUUGCUAGCAGCUCAAAUGACUUUUGCUCUCCGCAGUUUUCUUGCAGUGUGUUUUCUUCAUUGAAGUUUCCCAAAUGUCAGUUGUUUGUAGCUAACACACACACGCACACAGAGCAUUUCAAGAGCUGAGGUGCAAGAUUUGAGUCAAACUCCUUACCAAACCUCAUAACUAAUUUGUUUCCCAAACCGUUGACUUCACCAUUAAAAGGGAGGAACACAUGAUGUGUGUAAUGCUGAAGCAAUUUCUGACGUCCGAAACUUUGGCUUUCCAUGUAUUUCUAGUACAAUUGUGUUGUAUCACAUGAUGACGUGGGGCCUGGCGAUCCUGCUGUGCGUGGAGGGAAUUGCGAUGCUAUACUACCCUUCAGUUUCUAGGUAACCUUUAAGUUGUUUAGCUUUACUUCUGUGAUUCACACAGUGUUUUAAUGAAUUCAGUCGGACAUGGCAGAUGGCGUAGGUUUGUCAGGUUCAGGCAGUUGCUUAGGCCUAGGCUUAUUAAGGAGUCCACCAGCUGAAAGCCAGCUCUACGACCUCGGCUCUCAGUUGGUGUGAAGUCCACGUGCAUCUGGGGAAAUGAGCUUGGUAAUGUGGACCAAGUUGCAGCUGGAAGGCAUGUGGCGCAGACACCUUUCAGAAGCCAAACAGGCCUGGUUCUGGUCAUAUGGAUGGGAGAUUUCUUAGGGAUUCUGCCUGCACUGUCUUUGCAAUGCAUGUGAAGAAUAAUUGAAUAAAACCUUUGCUUUAAUAUCGGAGCUGCCUAAAUUAAAACCUUAAGGGUCCAAACCAGAUGUUCUGAGGUAAAUACUGUAUUUUUCUGUGUAUAAGAUGAGCUUUUUUGACCCAAAAAUGAGGUUCAAAAUUUAGGCUUGUUUUAAGCACGGGUAGUGCUGAGGGGGGACGUGCAAAUUGUUUUUUGGCGUGAGCCCGAGAUUGUAAGCGGCGAUUGGUCGCUUGAUUGUUUUUUGGGGGGGAAGAGGAUGCCGAAAAUCGCUCACCCACCAGAACGCAGCACACAACCGCUCGCGUCGCAGAAACCACCUAUCAGCUCCCCAAUCACCGCCAGCAGCCGCCAAUCACGCUCCUGCUUGCUGCGACAAGGGCAGCUGUCUAUUGGCUGCCGCAGCAGCAAGCUGGAGGGCUAAUGGUGGCGAUCAGGCAGCUACGACGCGAGUGGUUGUGUGCUGCGUUCCGGCGGGUGAGCGAUUUUUGGGGCUCCCCCCCACAACAGACAAGCGGCCAAUGCCGAAAAUCGCUCACCUGCCGGAACGAAGCACGAACCUGAGUUUUUAAGUGGCGAUUGACCGCUUGAUUGGGGGGGGGGGGAGAUGCCGAAAAUUGCUCACCCCUCAGAACAAAGUGCGAACCUGAGAUUGUAAGCAGCAAUUGUAAGCGACGCGAGCGAUUGUGCGCUGCAUUCUGGCGGGUGAGCGAUUUUCAGCACACCCCCCCCAAAUAAUCCUCUCCCAAAGCUCAAUCCCCAUUUUCUAAAUUUUGAGGCCCCCAAAAUAGGGGACGUCUUAUAGAUGGGGAUGUCUUAUAGACAGAACAAUACAGUACAGUGAGGGGGGGUUGUGCUGUAAUGUGAAAGUGGAAGUAGUAAAAGCUAUCAUACUGUCUGAACAUGGGACAGACAUAGAUAAGCAUGUGGAUUCUCACAUCACAAUUAUUCCCCUGUGUUUCUGGCUAGGCAGGAAGCCAAUUGGGAAUCCUGAGUAAGGCCCGCUACAUGUACGAGGGAGCUCUAAUCUUGGACGAAGGGAAUGAGAAAUAAAAUCUGUUCACUGCCCAUUUUUCUCCCCACCCCUUCAGUUGCGAAAAUGGUCUGGAGCAUGCGAUUCCACAUUACGUCACGACUUACGUUCCAUUGGUGCUUGUUCUGGUGGCGAACCCAGUCCUUUUCAGCAGGACAGUCACCGCUGGUAAGAUUCCAAAUGGCAAUCGGAAUUUGCGUGUGUGAAUGAAAAAUAAAUAUUAGGAACGUGUUUUAACGGAUCAUGGUUCCUUUUUUAAUCAAGGGAUGCAGGUAAUCAGAAGGAGAGAACUGAGAACGUCUAUGAAUCAAAAGGUGGCUUCCUGAAUAGAUUACACCUCCGUACCCAGAAACUUUCAGAAAACUUUGGGAGGGAUUCAGCAUCAUGCUAAGAUGAUCAUUCUGCCAGGGCAAGCAUUUUUGAAUGCCAGAUGGAGUGACUCCCCUCCCUCUAUGUGCUCUUCCAAAGGUUCUCCCAACCCCCCAAAAUGAGCCAACUUCAGGGGGUAUGCAGAGGAGAAGGGGAGAAGUCCGUGCCCAGGGCUUCAGCUCGCAGGACUCAAAUUAUGCCCAUUAUUUUAUCUUCCUUAGAGGGAACCUGGUACUCUCCAGAUGUGGUUGGACUGCAACUUUCAUCAUCCCUGACGAUUGGCCAUGCUGGCUUCUGCUGCUGGGCUUUGGUUCCAACAACAUCUGGGGGGCCAUGAGGGUUUUUUUUAACAGACCGGCCAUAUACUUCUGCCUGGCUAUUACUGCUGCUGUUGCAUAGUGCCAAUCUUAGGAACAGAUUACAUUAGUGACGUUAAAGUUUGGGCCCAACUAUCCUGUGUAAUCCCUUUUGAAACCAGUAGCAUCUUAAUGGGGCUUGGACAAGAGAAACAACCUAGUGGGAUGUGCCAUUGAUCUUCACUGCUGACCUUAAAAUUGCUGGGCUUUACCUCACAGCAUGUCCAAUGCUUUUUAUUUCUCCUUUCCAGUUGCAUCCUUACUGAAGGGACGACAAGGGAUCUAUACAGAGAAUGAAAGGCGCCUGGGGACAGAGAUCAAAGUUCGCUUUUUCAAAAUCAUGCUGGUGGUCGUUAUUUGGUAAGACACAUUUCCGCCCUCCCACUUAUUGGAAUAGUUUCUUUUAACGAUAUUGUGCGGGCAAAUGCAUAGGCUGAUGUUGCAUCAGCUCCACAUUUUAAAAAGUCAGUUUCGUUUAUCUGAAAUUUUGACCCAGGUGUGUGCGCACGUGCUCCCUCCCUUUAUACAGGGGUGGGGAACCUCAGGCUCAGGCGGCAAAUAUAUCCCUCCAGACCUCUCUGCCUGAUCCUUUGAAUUCUUCCCAAGCUACCCUCCUUCCCCACUGCCUCUGCUUCACAUCCUGAGUGCUUUUGCCUCGAUGGCAUGUGUCACUGAACUCUGAAAAUGCCUUUCCUUGCCUGGAUGCAAGACAGAGGUUGUGUGAAAGGGUGAAAUUUAGAAACUAAUCAAAUGUAUGAAGUUAUAUUUCUGUUCGUUGCUGUGCCCACUCUUGCCUAUGGCUGUGCCCACCUGUUGGCAUGUGUGCCCCCCCGAUGGCUGCCGAGAAGAGAAUGUAACCCUCAAGACGAAGGUUUUCCAUCCCUGCCCUUUAUAUGUUGCUGCUGCUAACUGCUGCUUAUAAUUUUCCUCUUUAUGGUGCCUACAGCAAUGAGGGUUCUCUCCCCUGUCCCCCCCCCAACCUCAUACACCACAGCCCAGUACAGUGGUACCUUGGGUUAAGAACUUAAUUUGUUCCGGAGGUUCGUUCUUAACCUGAAACUGUUCUUAACGUGAGGUACCACUUUAGCUAAUGGGGCCUCCCACUGCUGCCGCUGCGCAAUUUCUGUUCUCAUCCUGAAGCAAAGUUCUUAACCCGAAGCAUCUGUAACCCGAGGUACCACUGUAUACUAUGGUAUGGUAUGGUAUACUAUGGUACAAAUGACCAAAAUUAAAUUCCGCAACUGACAAGCCUACAGGAGAGUGGCAUGUUAAAAUUUCAUUUUCGAUUGGUUUCUCUGCCUGAGGCUGCACAAAGGGAUUCCAAGGCAGGGAGAUUUUGUACAUGCAUUCAUCUUUUUUUAUAUUACCGGCUUUGAAAAUUAGCAUUCAAAGGGAACUCUCCAAGCUCUUUCUGCAAAUGAGUACAUCUAUGCUUUGAAAACAAAGGACAUGCAUCAAGUGAUCCAUAUCUCUGCCUUCUUCUCUUGGUGCCUGUUAUCAGCUGGUCAUCGAAUAUCAUCAAUGAGGGCCUCCUGUUCUACCUGGAAAUGCAGCCAGAUAUCAACGGAAGCCCCUUGAAACACGUCCGGAAUGCAGCACUGAUCACGUGGAUCAUAAUGGUAAGGGCUUAGCAAUGCUUUUUAGGGCUUCCUAAACGAGUGUCAUUGGCAAGGUUGCCAUCCAACAGGAAAGGAGUCCCCAGAGACCUGCAGGGUGGGGCAGGGGCAGAAUUAUCCUGCUGAGGACAGUGCAGGAAGUGAUGAAUUUGGAAGUUCACUGGAUAGACAGAAGUGCCAACUGCUUUAUUUUUCUUUUCUUUUGGCUGCAGGUGUCUACAAUACAGGUAGUAAUUAACUGCCAGGAGAGUGUUUUAAAUUGCUUGUGUACUUUUUUUUAUCCAUACAGGCUUGUUGAUAAUGAUCAAUACCAGGUUACUGAGUCAUGGCAGAGUUGGUUUCUAAUCAGCCCUGUCACUUUCUCCCGAAGUCUCAGCAUCUCUCUCUCCUCACCUGGAGCGAUCCUUGUCCUUCUCUUGCCUAGUGUUACUUUUCAUCAUUGGCUUCCUGUUCCUCCUUCCACUGUCUCUCUCUUCCCUCAACACAGCAGCGCUUCCAUUACUUUCUUUGCUCUUUAGAGCCCUUUAUGUCAUUCAUUUCCUUGUACGGCUGUGAAAUUACACGCUUUUGUCUGCCUUCUCCCCCCUUUUUAAUUUUUUUGCCCAGUAUCUCGUGUUUAACUUCCUUCUUUCUACCUUUCUCUUCCUCUCUCUUCCCCACAACACAGCAGUGUGACUUUGCUGGAAAUCUCAUGAGCGCUCUAGCGUGCUGUCCUAUUUUUGUCCUAGGGAGUGUUGUGUGUCUCUUUGCCCACAUGUGUAGUAGUCGUAAUAAUAAUAAAUAAGCAAACAUACGCAGACUCCAGGGUUUCAGGCAGAAGGGAAUGCUGGAGAUACAAGAUUGAACUUAGGACUUUCUGCAUGGAAAGCAGAUGCUCUAGCAAUAAGCUACAGUGCCGUCCCAUAAUAAUUAUUCUUAUGUCUGAAAUCAGCCCUACUGACUUCAGUGAGCUUUACUCCCAGGCAAGUGUGUAUACAUAGCUUCACAGCCGGGGUUGCUUUUUUUUAGUUUUGCCUUCCUGCUAACCAGUAACUAAUACUUCCUCACACCAACAAAUGUAUAGAAUGCUAGAUGACUGGCUGAAGGGGGCAACCUUGAAUGUUUCUUCAAAACAAUUCUUAAUACAGUCGGAUCUUGGUUUUCAAACGCCUUGGGACUCGAACGCUUUGGCUCCCGAAAACUGGAAGUGAUUAUUCUGGUUUUUGAACGUUCUUUGGAACCCGAACGUCCGACCCGGCUUCCGAUUGGCUGCAGGAGCUUCCUGCAGCCAAUCAGAAGCUGUGCCUUGGUUUCCGAACGUCUUGGAAGUCGAACGGACAUCUGGAACGGAUUCCGUUCGACUUCUGAGCUACCACUGUACAUACCUUUUGUUUCCAACGUGCAAUAACGCCAAGUUCAGCGAAGGAGCGCUUUUGCAUGUCCCGACUCGCUCUCAGGUACGCUGGUGAGACACGCAGGCUCCUCCCAGUCGCAGUGUCUUCAUUGGAACUUCUGCUGUGAGCCUCCUUCCUCUCCGCUCUUCAUCCUAGCCCAUCUCCAUUUGAAAAUGCUUCUAUUACCAGGCACCUAUAUGCAUAGAGCAGAGUCGCCACUACAGAUGUCUGUUCCCCUCAGCGCAUGGAUGGCUCAGUCAGUGUAGCUCCACCAUCUCCCCCACAUGCAAGAGGGAAAUGUCCAAACAGGGCUGGGAGAGUCUUUAGGUAUUCUUCUAGUUCCAUCAUCUUCGUUUAGGCAGGAGCCGGAAGAGAAGCCCCCCUUCCCAAAGCAAAGGCUGAAGGUGGCUGCGCUGCACACCUGGGGAUUGCGCAGAGAAAUUAUACUUUUAUUUCCGUAGUAAGUGAAGGGGACAAGAGUUAUCAUUAAUUUUCCCAGGAGUUUUGCCAAAUUCCUCUCUCAAACUUAAUCCGUUCCGGAAGUCUGUUCCAAAACCAAAGCAUUCCAAAACCAAGGCGCGCAUGGAUUAAUCCAUUCCAUACUUUUAAAAACAACCCCUAAAACAGCAAUUUAACAUGAAUUUUACUAUCUAACGAGACCAUCGAUCCAUAAAAUGAAAGCAAUAAUCAAUGUACUGCAGUCAGUAGCUGAACUGGGUUCCACACAGUCACAAAAACAAAACAAAAAAGCUGCAAAAACUAAAAUGCAAAAUAAAUAGCAAAAACAGGCAGACCUGAGAAUAACACUCAAAAUGGAGCACGUUCAGCUUCUGAAAAAUUUUCACAAACCGUAACACUUAACUUCCGGGUUUGCAGGGUUUGGGCUCCAAGUUGUUCAAGUACCAAGGCGUUUGAGAACCAAGGUACCACUGUAUGCUGCCUUGGGAGGUUCUUUUACUGAAAUGUGAUGUGUAAAUAAUUAAAACUGCAUGAAUUCUUUUAAAAGGACCAUGGUUCUUCAUUACCCAUGGCCAUGUUGAUUCUCGCCCUGCUUUUUGGUCCUUUAGGGAGUACUGAAUCCAAUGCAAGGCUUCCUUUUUACACUGGCUUUCUACGGAUGGACAGGCUGGAAGUUGGACCUGCGCUGGAGAAAAAGCGAAAUACCCUGGGAAUCGAUGUCCACGUCAACAGCUGCUGAAAAUGCUUACGGCUUGCCAAGCGGAAACUCUGUGAAUUUCCCCGACUCAAAGCAAACGACAGCGGAGCCAAACCAUCAGGCGGAUGAAACCUUAAGCAUGCUGUCUGAAGGUAACCUUGGCAGUGAUGAGAGGCCACCUAGGAACUCUCCUGUCUACCAGGGCUGGUAACUUGUACCACCUCAGGGCUGCUUCACCCUUGCACUCCUCUUGUUGGAAGGCAUGCAUGUUGCAUAGAUCAUAUUUCAACACUGUUGAUUCACCUAUUCAGCUGCCAGUCAACACAAAGUGGAAUUAAGAGGUGUACAUGAAUGUGUGAUCUGGAGAAUGUGCGGUUGUGAAUGAGAGUUCAUCCUUCCCCUUGCUCACCAGUACCUCACUUUUUUUCUUAUACUAUCUUUCCACUCAUCAAGACUCCCUUGCUAGAGAGAGAAGCAAUGUGGGAGUAAAAAAAAAAUGAGAGAAGUCAACUUUUUGACAAACAGUGCACAAGAAUACUGCUGUCAGACGGUUCCUGUGAUGUUCAGAACUUAUUAGCAUUGUUGUUUCUUUUGGCAUACUUUGUUUUCUUGUCUCCUAUAACUUGUAUAUCUUACGGUAUAUGAUUUUCUUUAAUAAAUGUAUUACGGAACCCUGUAACCCUAGUGGCUUUCCUGGUUAGCUGAGAUUGCAACGUUGCUGUGUUUUAUUAGAAAUACCUCCAGCAUUGUAGUCUGAGCCUCAGUUUUGGCCUUUGCCUUGUAGCAUGCAGAAGAGUUUGCUUUCUUGAGCCAACUUUGGCAUUUAUUUCUUUCCCAACAAGGGAAAACGUUUUUAUAUUACUGUACUCAACUCUGUUCUGUGCUUCUUGACAUGCUUUUGCACCAUUGUGAAGAUGUCUGUUGACUUAGCUGGCUUGCACAAAGCAUAGCACCUUCUCAGGGAAGAGAGCUACAGCAGCAAAAAAAGGAACGCCCUCAAAAUAUUAUGUCAGAAACACAUGCAAUUUACUCUUCUAGCCGGAUUUGUGUUGGGGAUCUCCCAGUCAACUUUUAGCUACGUAUUCUGCGCAAUUUGAAUCCUAUUUUUCCUUCAACUCUGUUUAAGCAGAACUAAAGUCAACUUUGUCAACUCUGUUUAAGCAGAACUAAAGAAACCCAAAACACUCUGCAGUGGCUACAGUGGGGAUCAGUGCUGCUUUAAGGAAAGACUUGCAGGCCUGAUUUGCCUAGGGGCUGGUUCAAACUUUCCCCUGAGGUUGGACUCCUUGAGACCUCGCUAUUGUAAGUCUGUCUUCCCAAGUGCUUGUCUCAGCCUUUCUACCUUAAAAGGAAGGGGGUGGUAAAUGCAUAAAUGCCGAUAAACACACAUUCUAAGUUGCGUCGUUACACACGGUGGAAGUCAAACACAGCUGUUGCACUACCUGAACCCUGUUUGUGUGGCAAAGGACACCUUGCCUGUGUUAGAUCUCAUAGUUCAAACCCAGCUAGAAUCCCUCCCAAUCACUUGUUUCAAGGUACAAUAUUAGCAGGGCUAGAAAAGGCAUCAUGCUUCGAGGUUUUUUUGCACACAAGAGUAUAGACCAGCCUUUCCCAAUGUGGUGUGUCUUCCGCAUACUUUGAGCUAUGACUCCCAUGGGCCCCAGCCAGUGGUUCGGGAUGAUGGGAGGUACAGUCCAAAAUAUCAGGAGGACAUCAAGUGGGGCAAGGUGAGAGCCGAUCAUUCUGUAGAUACAGUGUGAGAGUUUUAGCUGUACACCUACCUAGUCUCUCCUUAGCAGCCUUUUGCUGCUGAUGUAGCAUUGGUUCUGGAAGGUGGUUAACAUUUAGAAAAUAAAACAUCCAAACACUUAAGAUGCCAUUUCAUCAUCCUUUUUAAAGAAGGAAAAGAACAACCACCCACUUGUUUUUUAAAUGCGUCGUUCCAUUCCCUCACUCCAUCACGUAAACGUUAGAACAUAAUCGUGCUUUUCUGUUUACAGAGCCAAAGGCCUGGCCUUGUGGGUCAAGAUUUCUGAAGAAUUCUUGAACAGAAACUGCCAGGCACACGAGAGAUCCAGCAUCCAACUGAGCAAUGCAAGCCCUUAACAUUUAACUAAGCAAACAAACCCAAUGAACCCCACUGUGAAACGUGCCAAAGGUGGCUGGUCUUUGUGAUGUCAGCUAGUUGUGCACAGGAUUGGGGAUGGGGGCAAGUCAAGCACAAGGCUUAUGAUGCCUACUUGUUUUUCUAAUCUUAUUUCUGACUGGCCAUGCCAGAUGCAGUAUGCUUCUGAAUGCCAGUUGUUGCAAACUGCGUAAGGGGAGAGUGCUCUUGUGCUUGGGUGCUGCUGGUGAGUUUCGCACAAGCAUCUUAGGUGGCCACUGGAUGCUGGACUAGGUGGGCCAUUAGCCCAAUUCCAACAGGUGCUUCUUACGUACCUUCUAACCUGGGCUAUGUUAUACGUGAACUAUAUUAAUGUGGCUUGAAAUAAACUGGCAACAGAAAUGGUUUUGAAAUUCUUGUUGUGCUAUCACAGUGGAAGAACAUUUAAACAGGCCCAUGCAUGUCUACUUAGAAGUAGGUUUAAAGAAGCAGUUUUGGGGAUGCCAGUCAUGGGCACUACUAUGGUGUGUUUUAAAGCAAAGCCACCACCACUUUACAGGAAUCCAUGGCAGAUGUUUUCGCUUGGGUUCAACUCAUGUUUAACUGGAUCCUCAGAUACAUCUUGCACAUGGCCACUACCCAGAUCUAGAUAGAAGAAGGGUUCUGCAAGAGAGGCGGGGAACGAGCCUGAAAUCCAGUGGACAGAAGGAGACACAGUUUUGAUGAUGCAAGAGCCUCCAUGGUAAUUGUCAGCCACAAGCAAUUUUUGUUACACAAACCUAUUCCUUCUUGGAAGAGGGCUUGAAGGCUUGAGCACACACAGUCCAUGGCCACUAUGUUCCAGCAUCAAAUUGUGAAUGCUUAAAAAUAAAAUUCACGCCCCAUGAUUCCUGGCAUUCAGAUUUUUUAUGGUCAGGAAUAAUUAUACUAUUCUAAUAAAAACAUGGCAGGUAAACGAAUAGUAGGCUGUGGAAGGCCCUCAUUACCUCAGACAGCACUACAAAUGACUCCUGUCUGAAACACUGGAGAUCUGUCCUAAGUCUACUGAACUGGAUGGGAGCAAUGACUCAAUAUAAUUAUAUUAUCAGUGCUAUUUUUCUAGAAAAAGAACUUCUCUUAUAAUGGCAAUGGCACCUACCUGAGAGGUGCCAGAACUGAGUUCCGGCUGAACUUCAUUAGACCCCACCUUUAUCCCUGACAGGGACUCAAGGCAGAUUACAGAUAAAAUAUGAACAGCUAAAAAUGAGGGAAUCAUUAAAAAAAAACCCUAAAUAUCAAUAGAAUUUCGUGUGUGUUUGUGUGUACACAUUAUUCAAAACAUACAGAUAAUUACAGUAAGAACUCCAUGGCACUAGCCCUCAUUAAAAGCAGUUCCCAAAAGCUUGUUGGAAUAAGGUGGUCUUCACCUGCCAACGAAAGGACAAGGAGGGAGCCAGCCUAACAUCUCUAGGGAGUUCCAAAGUCCGGGAGCAGCCACCAGGAAGGCCCUCACCCAUGUCCCUACCAAGCAUUCAGCUGCCUGUGUUCCUAAGGCACACACAGUUCAGAUACAUAUCCCAGUUCAAAUUUCUUUGAUACUUAAAGAGACAGCUAGAGUACUAUAAUUCAGUACAGGCCCCUCUCUAGUCGCAAGAACAAAGGCUUGAUAUGUCAACAUCUGCUAUUAAUAACGAGCAACAGAACAUACUUGGUCUUCUCUCUGGCUUAGAAGAAAGGGCUUUGUUAAAAGAAAGCAGAUCCCCCCCCCCCCUUUGGUCCAUUAGUGCCUGGAUUGAGAUGUGCUGAAGCGUGGGUUAGAAAAGCAAUAAACCAAAUAUUGUGCUAGAAGUGAAGAGAGAGAAAACAGACACACACUCCUAUGGGGCAUGGGCGACAAGCCUCACAACAGGCUCACAUGCAGUUUGUUGCUAGUCUCUGGCUUGUUCGCAUCAGUUUUGAUUGGACUUCAAGUAGAUAUUGGGGAGAUAUUUUUAGAGGCCUUUAGUCAGAAUGUCACACACCCCAUACAUUUUUAAAAAUUGUGCAAAACUCUGCUCACCUUUGCCCUAAGCUUGCUGUCGCACUCAGUCUCAUAAAAAAAUAUCUUCUACUAAACAUUUCAUAGGGGCUAUAGUUUCAGAACUGUUGAUGGCAAUGAGCAGCAAAUACGUUCAGCCAUCAACUCUCAGUGUGACCAGGGAAAACAUCAAACACUUCUAUGCAGCAGUUGCUUUGGCAUUAAAAGAAAAAAAAAUGAAUGGAAGCCUUUCAGGCAUAAGAGCUCAACUAAAUUCUGUAUUUUCUGUGGAAAUGUCACAAGCUUUAUUCCCGGUCAUGAGGUCUUUCCUAGUUUUAACAUCUUUGCUCAAGCCACCAACAAUUCUUUCUCCAGACUUCCUGACUCCUACACCUGAUAAGCUACCCAACAUCCCCCUAAUGCCUCAUGGAACAACACAAUCAUCUUGAAAAUACAGUUUCUAUAAUACAAUACAUAGCAGUCCACACUAAAGCAAGAGUCACUGUGCCUCCAUAGACGUCCAGUCAAAAUACUCUGUGGUUUGACACACUUAUACAGCAAAAUUCCUGCUCUGUAGGGUUAAAUGCAAGUUUUGUGCUGUAAGUUUCCUUCAUUUUUUUUUAGUCAGCAAGAGACAGACCAGUUUCUUCAGCCAUCCCUCUCCCUCUCCGAAUGUAAUGAGAGAUCUCUCUCUCUUUUUGUCUCGCUAGGUUCUGAUGCUAGCACAAUUGAAAUCCAUAUCUCAAGUGGAGCCCAUGAAUUAGAUGGUAAUGAUGCUGAUGUUGAAUAAUUGGAAACGGUCUGUGGAGAGGAGCUGAAGGACACCCUGACACCCACUCCCCCCAAAAAAGUCUAGCAUGGAGUGACAAGCAAGUCUUCCUCCUUUGAAAUUCAGAUUUGCCAGCAUCUCCCCCACAAGCCUGAUCACACUUCCCUUGACUGACUUUUGACGGCUUUCUAGUCCUCAGUCUGCAAAAGCACAUAACUAAUUCUGAACAUGAGCCUGAACCACGUUCAGAUUCAGUAGCAAGUGUUAAAACAUUCCUAUCCACAAAACCACCACCAUGCUUUAUUUUUGCCUCUAAACAUUGCUGGGAUGUGUAAAAGGUCCCAAAUGUCAUGGGGUGUGUGUGUGUGUGUGUGUGUGUGUGUGUGUGUGUAGAUCUAUAUACAGAUAUAUAUACACACAUAUACACACACAACAUCAAUACUGAAAAAGUAUCACAAAGCUUUCUUAUUUUUACUAAUUUUCCUUUGCUUACCUUGGUUAAUUCUAACAAGACACCCACAGAAACCCUACAGACCAAAUGACACUAUUUAGUAGACCUUUCAGAGAUUGAAAAUGUGUUCCUUGCUAUUCCUUUCCAUCCUUGUGACACACUAUAAACUGUUGAUUCCUCUUCCAAUGGGUCAAUCACCUUGAUGUGGGAAAAGGUUUUUGCUGUUUCCUGACAACUGAACUGGCCAGACUCUAACAUUGAAGGGCAGCCCUGUCUACACACUCCUGUUGUGUUUACACACUUAAUUGAUUUUUUCAGUUAAGUGUUUUAGUUAGAGGAAAAUAUUUAUUUUUAUUUUAUUUGGAGAUUAUACCUUAUAAUGACAGCAAAAUCAAGCAAUGAGCCGCAGGUUUACAACCACCAUUGCUGCUCAAACACCAUAGCGACAGCUUUCUCGUAUUCUGACAUAGGGUACUAUCCAACUAAGUGAUGCUCAGAGUAGACCUUCUGAAAUAAAUGGACCCAAGUCAGUCAUGGCCAUUAAAUUCUAUGUGUCUACUCCCAAGUAGGACUAGAUAUAUAACCCAUCAUCUCAAGCACAGCUCAUCACUUAAAAGUUCACCUUUUGCAUUAUUAACCCACCAAAUGGUGAGUUUCUGCAUGUGAAUCUUUCCCAAUGGUACCUUCAGAAUUAUGAAAUCUUGGCUGGUAAAUAUUAUUUGCUCUGUCCCUUUAAAAAUGACAAGCUAAGCAGGUCCUGUCAGCCUUUUUGGAGCCUGAACGGCAGCUGUGGGCUAUCUCUGGUCCACCAAAUGUUCCUCAACUACAAUCCCCAACAGCACCCGAAAGCAUGGCCAAUGGCCCUGGAAAGUCGAAGAAGGGAGGGAAGAAGCCACAGUGCACCUAAGGAAAUAGGCAAAUGUUAAUGGCACAGGAAGAAUGAGAAACAACUCACACAGAGAUUUCUAAUAUCAAAAUAUAGCAAUUUAUUCAAGACACUGAAUAUGAUCUGUUGAUUCUCUCCUUGAAACAAACAAACUACAACACACAAGGUGAUUUGCUGAAAGAGAGUGCGGGUUUGUGUGUAUGUGUGUGUGUUUAUAAGAGGGGAGUGGGUGUACAGACAAAACGGGGUGAGGGGAGAUGUUGAUUCAACAGAACCCGGGGAAAUGCUGAAAUGAGAACCAAGCCCGGCUUCAAGUCUGACACAGACAAUAAAACUUCAGAAGCCAGAAUUCAGACUUAAUCAGUGAGUGGCUGAAGUAACAAUUCUGCAAUUGACAAAGAACCGCAUUUUUUUAGAAGGCAAAAAAGAAAACAAGAGAAUGAAACAAGGACAAAGUAGAACACCCCCCACAAAAAAAAAAAAAACAACCCUUACAUUUGACAAAGUGCACUUCACUUGGCUCUAAAGUUAGUUUUUAAAAUAAAAAAUAAAAAUGCAAUCUCAUAUAUGUCUUGGGGGACUAAUAUGCACUGAACCCUAGAAAUACUGGGCUUUUUGAUGCCCCAUAUAAGGAACCCAGUGUAUACCAAGUUAAAGAUGCAGUAUCCCUCUUUCCCUGGGAGCUUGCUGGUCAAUUCAGGGUGCUAAGUAUCUCCAAAGGCAAUUUCUGUAAUAUGUCAGAAAUGUUUGUGGAGAAAGGAUUAGCUCUUUCAAAAUUCCAAAAGCUAUUUGUUGGCUUAAACCAGACUAAUCUUAUUACCUCUUACAGUGCAAUCCUAUGCAUGUCUACGUUACUCAGAUGCAAGUCCCACUGGGUUAAAUGGGACUUACUGCUAGUUAAAUAGGGGUCGGUUUGCAGCUAUUUAAUACCUUGGGCAGUUGAGCAGCAGUUUAAAAAAGUAAACCCACUGUAGAUCUCCCUAACUUAGCAGUAUUUGUAAACAGAAAUAGUCAGCAAAUAACAAAGUUCUCUCUACACUCUGUGAAACACUAGACAUAUUACUCAGAAUAAAAAUAAAAACAAUUACCCAUUUUGAAUAAAAUGGCAGAAUUGGGCAUUAUUCAAUGUGGAAAUAUUUUCUGCAAGAAAUGUGGGAUUUUUAAAAAAAUGUUGAGAGUUAUCUGGAUAUAUGACUCAGAAAAGAAGUAUCUAUUUUUAAAACUCUAACCUUCUGAAAUAAUGUGACAUAAUUGACAUCAUUAAGACUUGUCAAUUAAAUUAAAAACAUGCAAGAUAUUCCCCCCCCUUUAAUAAGAUUAUAUUUUACAAGAGAAGCAAUGCCUGGUUUCUUUUUUGUUUCUUUGUUUUAGCAAAUCGCCUUUCAUGAGGAGGAAAUAAAAGAGAUACUGCAUCUUUAAAUCUGUAUCAGAUUCCAUUCAAAUUGGGGUCUUUUUUGUUCUGAAUGAGUAACACAAUCCAGUCUACAUCUGGUAGAGAUUUUAAGCUUCUAAAAUUGUGUUUUAACAUAAAAAAUACUUCUCUUUUUUUUCCAAAAAUACACUGGGUUCUUUCUUUUCCUAAAAAGUCAUCUUUCUCCUGUAAAAAGCGUUCCCGGCAUUGCAUUCUUACAUAAAGCACUUAUUACACAAUUUGUUGAAAGUGCCCUUGAGACCCUAAGAUCUGAAGCGUGGAAGUAUUAAGAGAAAGAAGAAGCUGGGAGAGAAGAGACAAGAGCGGAAGGGGCAGGUGGGGUGGGGGGAGCAGAAAGAAGGGGAGAGAAAAAGUCUGUUAAAACUUUUCAUUUUGCCCACCUGGCUGCAUUUUCUGCGGGCACCAACGGAAAAAAGCAAAACAAAACAGACGAACAAAAACAUGGGCACAAUAAAGAAGGAAAAGAAAUUCAGUUCAAACCUACUAUGCCUGUGAUCCUCAAAGGCUAUCAUAUUCCAGCUGAAAGGGGGGUGGGGAGGGGGAAACCCAUUGAACAAAUAAAAGUAGUCUAGAAAAUAGAAAGUGUUGUGAUUACAAAGUUGUGUGUGUCAUCAGUACAAACUGGUCUUUGAAUGUCCUUUGGGAGAGCAACGGUAGUGUCCAGAUUGGAAGGGAAAAAAAUACAAGACCACAUGGAGGAGGAUUCUUUUUCUCUCUCUCUCUCCCCAUUUUGGUUUAUCAAAGCAUUUUGCUUUAUAGGUUUUCUUUUUUUUAAUUAUUAUUAUUUUUAUUAUCAUUUUUGGCACAGCUUUUCCUCUUCUUUUCUGCAGCCGUCAGAGCGAGUUCUCAGAGACCCAAACCAAACGCUACGGGGUCUUAGCUGGUGGUGGCCUCUUGCUUCCAAAGGCUGAAGGUUCCAGGUGGAAACCAUCCCCAACCCCUCCCCCUACGUGACUGUGUCUUAACUCCACGGUGAAGGUUAUGGACAAAACAUUUUG